GAUAACUCCAAAAACAGGGCAAAACUUAAUAAAAAUUUAUAAAGUAAACUAAGCAAAAGGCAAAACAACAAGCAAAUGACCAUCACAGUUCAAAGUCUUAGAGAGAGAGAGAGAGAGAGAGAGAGUCUGAGUCACACCUGUGUACAACUCCUCAAACUCCUCCUCCGACAGAUCGAGGAAGGGAAUGACUUCGUCUCCGUGGACCGCCGUGGGGUCCAGCACUUAGUGAGAUCUGGCGAUCUCCUUCUCCGUCGAUUCCGUUGGUCGUCUCAAGGGAAAAAGUGAGUGACCCAAGGCCAGCCGCAACGGAUCCCAGUUGUCCUUCGUCAUCCAUGCCAAGCGCAUCGCCUCCGAAGCCGCCGUCGUGUCCAAGAAGCUCCUCUGUAGCAUUGGCAAGGCGACGUGGAUCGCCGGCACCACCUUCCUGAUCCUGGCUGUGCCACUCAUCAUUGAGAUGGACCACGACCAACAACUCCCCGAAAUCGAGCUCCAAAAUGCCAGCCUCCUCGGCACCGCUCCCACUCCCAAGUGAGUGUGACACAGAGAGAGACCCAUUUGCUUCUUUCUUUUACAAUCUGAGUUUUCGAAAAGUUCUAGACUUCUUUUAGAGAUAGAGACAGAGAGAGAGUUUUUAAUUUGGGUUUUGUUUGAGGCCUGAUCUGAUUUCAGUAUAUUAGGUUAGGAUUUUUUUAUUGUCUCUUGUUCUGUUACAAUUUUUUUUGGGCUUGAAAGUAGAACAAAUAAAAUUUUUUUUAUUGAGAGUGUUCCUAAAUUUCUUACUGAGGGUGUUCCUAAUUUUUUUUUAAAGGAUAAGCAAAUAAAAAAAAUUUAAUUAAUAUGUAUAAAUUUUUUUUUUUUUUUUUCAGUUCAGGGUGUUCCUGGGAAUACCCUGAACAUAACGUGGCGUCGCCACUGCACUUAAGAGGUGCGUGCUGUAUUAUACCCGUGGUUCCAGGCUGUAAAGUUUCUUAGGAUUAGCUUUUUGUAACAGAGAAAUUUUCUAAAUCUUAUGGAUUUUGAUAGGGAAAAAUGAAAAUCUAUUUAGGAGGAUAUCUAUAAUUGUACGUACAAUGUCAAACAAUCAAUUGAAGGACAGCUAUGAUCACUAUAAAUUAGCCUGUCCUUUUCUUUUUUUAAUUUCGCCUUCUAUUUUUUUCUUUUCUAAAUAAAUUAUAUAUGUAGUGCUCCUCUAUUAAAAAAAAAACCUAGUGCUACACAAAAAAACAGAAAUCAAUUAUGGCUUUUCAAGGCUAUCCAGUCUUGGGCCUUCUAGUUCUUCUUGGCUUAUUGACUAAUGUCAUAGCUGAUUCACCAAAAUUUGACGUUUCUUCAAUCAACCGGACCAGUUUUCCCAGUGAUUUUAUUUUUGGGACAGCAUCAUCGGCUUAUCAGUAUGAAGGUGCAGCACAUGAAGAUGGUAGAGAACCAAGCAUAUGGGACACUCUCACUCAUGAACAUCCAGAAAGGAUAACGGAUGGAAGCACUGGAGAUGUAGCUAACGAUCAAUAUCAUCGUUACAAGGGAGAUGUUCGGAUUAUGAAAAAGAUGGGCUUAGAUGGAUACAGAUUCUCAAUCUCAUGGUCUCGAGUAUUGUCAAAAGGAAAACUAUCUGGGGGUGUCAAUAGGGAAGGAAUCAAAUACUACAACAAACUAAUCAAUAAGCUCCUAGACAGAGGUAUACAUCCCUUUAUUACCCUCUUCCAUUGGGAUCUUCCCCAGGCAUUGGAAGAUGAGUAUGGUGGUUUUUUGAGUCCUCAUAUUGUGGAUGACUUUCAAGAUUAUGCUGAGCUUUGCUUUAAAGAAUUUGGUGAUCGUGUCAAGCAUUGGAUCACACUAAAUGAACCAUGGAGUUACGUCAAUGGUGGUUAUGUUACGGGGCAAUCACCACCAAAUCGAUGUUCUAGUUGCACGGUUGGAGAUUCUGGAACAGAGCCAUAUUUGGUGUCACAUUAUCAGCUUCUUGCUCAUGCAUCCGCUGUCAAAGUGUAUAGGCAAAAGUAUCAGGAAGUACAGAAAGGCAUUAUCGGUAUAUCCCUAAAUGCACCCUGGUUUGUGCCAUUCUCUAACUCGAGGGCCGACCAUGAUGCUACACAAAGAGCCAUUGAUUUCGGUUAUGGAUGGUUUGUGGAUCCCCUAACCAAUGGUGACUAUCCACAUAGCAUGCAAUCUCUAGUUGGCAACCGAUUACCCAAAUUCACAGAAGAGCAAUCCAAGCUUGUAAAAGGAUCAUUUGAUUUUCUUGGGUUAAACUACUAUACUACUAAUUAUGCAGCUGAUGCACCCAAAGCUGAAAAUGCAAGCUACGCUACAGAUAUGCGAACUAAUGUUACUGCUGAGCGUAAUGGGAUUCUCAUCGGUCCACAGGCGGCUUCAUCAUGGCUCCAUGUCUAUCCAAGAGGAAUUCGAGACUUUCUAUUAUACACAAAGACAAAGUACCAUAACCCACUAAUUUUUAUUACUGAGAAUGGCAUUGAUGAGUUCAAUAAUGCUACAUUGUCACUCAAGGAAGCCCUUGUGGACAACUUUAGAAUUGAUUAUUAUUAUCAUCAUCUUCAGUAUCUUCAUAGGGCUAUCAAGGAUGGUGUUAACGUGAAGGGAUAUUUUGCAUGGUCACUAUUGGACAACUUUGAAUGGAAUUCAGGUUACACCGUUCGAUUUGGCAUCAACUUUGUAGAUUACAAAAAUGGAUUGAAAAGAUAUCCCAAGCUUUCAGCCCGUUGGUUUAAGAGAUUCCUCAAGCCAUAAGAUGACAAAUUAAUGACUAUGCUCAUGUUGAACUACAUACUAGAGAAGACUAUAAGAUCAUUUCUUUUCUAUUUUAUGUUCUUUAAAUAAUGUAUCUAUUUUCUUCUCCAAAAUUUAAAAAAAAAAAAAAGAGU